CAACAAAAAUCCAAAAAACAAAAUGGAAAGUGUAGAAAAUAAAACUGCCACCGGAAAUGGCAACGCUGCCGUUGUUGAAGCUAAAGAUACCCAAAAUCUGUUGCCACAUUUGGAAUCAUUGGAACGUAUUAUUAAAUUGCCAGUAGUUGGUGCUGCCUGGGAUAAAUCUCAAGAUGUCUAUGGCAAAGUUAAAGGCAAAAAUCGUGUCUUCAAUUGGGCGUUGAGCGCCGCCGAAGAUUGUGUUUCACGUGCCGUCACCACUGCCGCACCCAUUGUCUGCAAAUUGGAUCGUCCCAUUCACUAUGUCGAUCAAACUUUGGUCAAAGGUAUUGACAAGCUGGAAGUUAAGGCACCCAUUAUUAAGGAUACACCUCAGGAAAUCUAUAAUCAAGCUAAGAACAAAGUUAUCGAUGUUGUGCAGCCACAUAUUGAUCGUGUUGUCAAAUUCAAAGCGGCCGGUCAACAAAAAGCUGCCUCCUUGAAAGAUUUAGCCUGGCAAAAGGCCAAUGAAGUUCUGGCCACUCAGUAUGGUAGUUUGGCUGUAAAUGGUGUCGAUACUACAACCGCAUUGGCUGAACGUCUAUUGGAAUAUUAUUUCCCCAAAUCGGAAUCGGAUGUUGAAGAAGAUAAUGAUGUUAAAGAAAUUGCUGUCACUCAAAAUGGCCAUAAUGGCAAACAUCCCGAAAAUGACAUCGAAGAGAUUUAUAAUCAAGAUAUUGAACUUGAUAGUAGAUUCAUAGUUGCGGCAUCCACUGUCUUUCUGUCUAUGUCACUGAAAAUUAUUACCGAAAUUGUAGAAUAUGUUAGACAAAAUCCAGAAAUUAUCCAUAUAAUCGAUAGGCAAAUUAAUGAACUUAUGUCCCAGUUCCCGCAAGCGAGGACCCAGUACUAUUUU